GAGCCCAAAUUCCAGAGCGCUAGCCCGCACCAUGAGCCUCCCCCGGAGCUUCGUCCCCCGCAGCCUCCUGCUGCCGCUGCUGCUGCUGGCCGCCUUCGCCGCACUGUGCCGGGGGGCGCCCCUGGCCAGCGAGCUGCGCUGCCAGUGCUUGCAGACCAUGUUCGACGUGAUCCACCCCAAGCGCAUCGCCCGCGUGGAGCUGAUCCCCGAGGGGCCCCACUGCGAGGUGCCCGAAGUGAUAGCCACCAUGAAGCACGGCAAGAAAGUGUGUCUGGAUCCUGCCGCGCCCUGGGUCAAGCUGAUCAUCACCAAGAUCCUGAACAGUGCACUGCCAAAAAAAUCAUGAAGAAAGCUUCUGGAUAUGCCCUGCCAAGAAAAAGGCAUUUUUGUGAGCCAGAGACUGCAAGAAAAUACUUUAUUUUUAUCAGAGAUAUACUGAAUUUGUGCUCCUCCUAUUUAUUAAACAUUGUAUGUAAUACAGCAAGAUUUUUACUGUAUUUAAAUACUAUAGUUUUAAAAUUAUUUAUUAUUAUUCA